UUUAUGACUCGUUUGCCUUCAAAAAGGUAGUAUUGCUGAAAUGAAUCAGCAAGGAUAUGUUGCAACACCUCCAUAUUCCCAGUCUCAGCCGGGAAUGGGGGGAUUUUCUCCAGGCUUUGGUCAACCUGCUUCUUCGCCUCUAUAUGGACACUAUGGUGACGUAAACCCAUCAUCUUCUGCCCCUCAGUCAGCUAUGUCGAAAACAAGUGUGCCUUUUGGGCCUGGUGCUCCUGUGGGAUCUCCACCUCCCAGUACCCACCAGUUUAACCAGGCCAGUCUCCAGAAUGGACCCAGCAAUACAGCACAGCAAUCAAACAGGUAUCCAGCCCCUCCACCUUCCUAUUCCUCAUACUACCAUCCUUCACAAGCUUCUUAUCCAAACAGCCCACCACCUUCAUCCACAGCACAGCUAGCUAAUCGGCUUGGCAAUAUGCAAGUAAACAGUUACAGUCCCAAUAGUGCUCCAACCCUUCUUCCUCCUCUGUCUUCUGGGCUCCAGCCAUCUUUACAAGGUCCUCCGCCUCCAUCACAGCCAGCGGCCUUGCCAUCUGGUCCUCCAGGUUCUCCGCCACCAGCAAACAACUUGAACAGUCAUUGCUCUCCACCUCCGCUCCCUCCAGGAGCCAGGCACGAAGGGAUCUCUGGCUCUAGCCCACUGAAUGCAAACCUGCUGCAGCAGCAGCAGCAACUCUCAAACCAGCCCUCGGGCCCUGGAUUUCCUCCUCAGUAUGGUAACUUUGCUCCUCCCAUGGCAGGGGCACAGUUUUCCUACCCAGGUGGCCUUCCCUCAGGCCCUGCACAACUGGCUGGACCACAACAGAAGAAACUUGAUCCUGAUUCCAUUCCAAGCCCAAUUCAGGUAAUCGAAAAUGACAAAGUUUCCAAGGGUGGUCAGCUCUAUGCUACAAACACCAGAGGACAGGUUCCUCCUCUGGUUACUACAGAUUGUGUGAUCCAAGAUCAAGGUCAUGCCAGUCCUCGUUACAUUCGAUGUACAGCAUAUUGCUUUCCGUCAUCCGCAGACAUGGCUAAGCAGGCUCAGAUUCCACUAGCUGCUGUCAUCAAACCAUUUGCCAAUGUUCUCCCAAACGAGACGCCACUUUAUCUGGUAAACCACGGGGAAACAGGGCCCAUUCGAUGCAACAGGUGCAAAGCAUAUAUGUGCCCCUUCAUGCAGUUCAUUGAAGGCGGAAGAAAAUAUCAGUGUGGAUUUUGUAACUGUGUGAAUGAUGUCCCUCCAUUCUAUUUUCAACAUCUGGACCACAUUGGCAGAAGAAUAGACCACUACGAAAGACCAGAGUUAUCUCUGGGAUCAUAUGAAUAUGUUGCUACUUUAGAUUAUUGCAAGAACAACAGACCUCCACAGCCGCCAGCCUAUAUCUUUAUGAUCGACGUGUCGUACAAUAAUAUAAAGAGUGGCCUUGUUAAGAUCAUCUGUGAGGAGCUGAAGACUGUCUUGGAUAGACUUCCAAGGGAAGAGCAAGAGGAGGCCUCGACCAUUCGAGUUGGAUUUGUCACCUACAACAAAGUCCUCCAUUUCUUCAACGUAAAGAGCAACCUUGCACAACCUCAGAUGAUGGUGGUCACUGAUGUCAGUGAAGUGUUUGUCCCUUUACUGGAUGGCUUCCUUGUGAACUUUCAAGAGUCACGAUCUGUUAUAAAUAACUUACUGGACCAGAUUCCAGAGAUGUUUACAGAUACUAACGAGAGUGAGACUGUCUUUGCUCCCAUUAUCCAGGCUGGCAUGGAAGCACUAAAGGCAGCGGAAUGUGCUGGAAAGCUGUUUAUCUUCCAUUCGUCGCUGCCGACUGCGGAAGCACCAGGGAAGCUAAAAAAUCGAGAUGAUAGAAAACUGGUCAAUACAGAGAAGGAGAAAACGCUGUUUCAGCCGCAGACAAAUAUUUAUGAGACUCUGGCCAAGGACUGCGUCGCUAAUGGCUGCUCUGUGGAUCUGUUCCUCUUUCCAAGUCAGUAUGUUGAUGUCGCUUCCAUGGGUCUAAUUACGACGCACACUGGAGGAACACUGUACAAAUACAGCAAUUUCCAGGUACAUUCUGAUAGUCACCAAUUCCUGAAUGAUCUCAGAAAGGAUAUAGAGAAAAGGCUGGGAUUUGAUGCUAUCAUGAGAGUUCGCACUAGCACAGGUUUCAGGGCAACAGAUUUCUUGGGAGCCGUGUACAUGAACAACACAACUGAUGUCGAAAUGGCAGCAGUGGAUUGUGACAAAGCAGUGACAGUGGAGUUUAAGCAUGACGACAAGUUGAAUGAAGACAGCGGAGCUUUAAUCCAGUGUGCCAUUCUUUAUACUUCAAUGAGCGGCCAAAGGCGACUGCGCAUCCAUAAUCUGGGCCUGAACUGCAGCUCCCAGUUAGUUGAUGUUUACAAGAGCUGUGAGACAGAUGCACUCAUCAACUUCUUUGCUAAAUCAGCUUACAAAGCCAUUCUCAGCCACCCUUUGAAGACUGUUCGUGAGAUCCUGCUAAAUCAGACAGCUCGUAUGCUGGCAUGUUAUAGAAAGAACUGUGCCAGCCCGUCUUCAGUGAGCCAGCUUAUCCUUCCUGACUCCAUGAAGGUGCUUCCAGUCUACAUAAACUGCCUCUUAAAAGGCUGCGUGCUGGCAGGCAAGCCAGAGAUCUCCACAGAUGAGAGAGCUUUCCACAGGCAGCUGGUCAUGGCAAUGGAUGUUGCUGGCACCCAGCUUUUGUUCUACCCGCAACUUCUACCCAUUCACUCUAUGGAUGUCAACGCUGAUGUGUUCCCCACGGCUGUUCGUUGCUCAGAAGACCGUCUGUCUGAAGGAGGGUUAUUCUUAUUGGCCAAUGGGAUACACAUGUUCUUGUGGUUGGGAGUCAGUGCCCCACCAGAGCUCAUCCAGGGGAUAUUUAAUGUCCCUUCCUUUGCACACGUCAGCACAGAGGCCACAAUACUUCCUGAAGUGGACAACCCCUGUUCUUCAAAGUUGAGGGCCAUGAUAGAUCAUCUCCAGAGCAAAUCGCCUUAUUCCAUGAAGAUCCUGAUAGUGAAACAAAGAGAACAGCCAGAGAUGGUUUUCAGACAGUUUUUGGUUGAAGACAAGAGUGUUUACGGAGGAGCUUCUUAUGUGGAUUUCCUAUGCUGUGUUCACAAGGAGAUCUGUCAACUUCUUAACUAAUGGAUAAUGAAUAUUAAUAUUUUGAUAUUUGUUUAAAGGGACUGUUCUUAAGGACCAACCACCAAAAGGUGCUUCUUUAUUUGUACAGUUUCUAAUUUCAUACAUUAAUACUCUUUUUCAUAUUGUAGCCCACCUACAUUUAUCUAUGUAGAAUAAGCAAGCCUGUGGCUCAGGAAUCGCUCCUAUGG